AUGUUCGUGAGCCCCGGCGAGGGGCCCGCGGCUGAGGGCGGGGGGCCGGCCCCCUGCGAGGCGGCCCCCGGGAAGAAGCACCGGAGGAGCCGCACCACCUUCACCACGUUCCAGCUGCACCAGCUGGAGCGGGCCUUCGAGGCCUCCCACUACCCCGACGUGUACAGCCGCGAGGAGCUGGCGGCCAAGGUGCAGCUCCCGGAGGUGCGGGUGCAGGUGUGGUUCCAGAACCGUCGGGCCAAGUGGCGGCGUCAGGAGCGUCUGGAGUCCGGCUCCGGGGCUGUGGCAGCCUCGAGGCUCCCGGAGGCCCCAGCACUGCCCUUUGCCCACCCUCCAGCCAUCCCACUGCCGCUGGAGCCCUGGCUGGGCCCCGGGCCACCGGCCAGGCCGGGUCUCACGCACCUGCUGGGCCCAGCCCCGGGGCUGCCGGCGCCCGGGCCGCACGCCUUCGGUUCGGCCUUCCUGGAAGGCUUCGCUCUGGAGGAGGCGUCCAUCCGGCUCCUGGCCAAGGAGCACGCACAGGCUCUGGACAGGGCCUGGCCAUCGGUUUGA